GUGGAACCUCAAUUCCAUUUCGUGCCGCAGCAGAAAUCGGAUAUUGUGGUGGAUGAAGUUCCAGAUGGAGCAGUAAAACCUCCUAUGAAUAAAAUGCCUAUUUUCUUUUUUGGCACUCAUGAGACGGCAUUUUUGGGACCAAAGGAUAUAUUCCCUUAUUAUGAAAAUAAAGAUAAAUAUGGCAAGCCAAAUAAAAGAAAAGGUUUUAAUGAGGGAUUAUGGGAAAUUGACAACAAUCCCAAAGUGAAAUUCUCUCAUCAGCAGUCCCAUCCAGCUGUUAACAGUGCUGUCAAAGAAACCAUUCGUGAAUGUUCUCAAGAGCCUACUGAGGGGAGUGAAGAAAAAGGAGGAGCCAAAAGGAGGAAGUCUAUUAUUUCCAAC